ACAGGAAGUAUUCUGAUUGAUAUUGACGAAUUCCCUCGCCUCACAGCACUGAUUGCAGUCGAAGGUUCCACAGCUGUUUUCUGUGGCCAGCUCAGAGUUUACAUUUUGCACUUAUUGUUAUUUAUAUGUUGAUUUACAAGUCUUCAUCCAGCUCUGCGGUGUAUUUUAUCUAUCGUAAAAUACGAGCCGUUCAACCAGGAAUGGCCGAACCCAGCGCCAGAUAUCAGCAGCUGCCUGAUGAAGCAGACUUGGAGGAGAGUCCCCAGGUAGCAGCUGACGCUCCGCCUCCGUACAGCAGCAUCACAGCUGACAAUGCAGCCUUCUUGGGCUACAAAGAAGACGGUGUUUUCCCCAAGCCUCCAUCCUACAACGUAGCAACGACACUUCCUUCCUACGACGAAGCCGAGAGAACUAAGUCUGAGACGACGGUUCCCUUAGUAACUGGAAGACAGCCCCAGCACAGGGAGCGCCUGGAGACUUUUGAUGGUGUAAUUCGCAGUUCUCUGGAGGAUGAAGACGUUGUGGCCAGAGAUGACUUUGAAGACACCGAUCAACUGAGGAUAGGAAAUGAUGGCAUCUUCAUGCUCACCUUUUUCAUGGCAUUCCUCUUCAACUGGAUCGGUUUCUUCCUGUCCUUCUGUCUGACCACCUCUGCUGCUGGACGAUACGGUGCCAUCUCAGGCUUCGGCCUGUCCCUCAUCAAGUGGAUCCUUAUAGUGCGGUUUUCCACAUACUUCCCCGGUUACUUUGAUGGACAGUACUGGCUGUGGUGGGUGUUCCUGGUGCUGGGCUUUUUGCUCUUUUUCCGGGGAUUCAUCAAUUACGCCAGAAUCCGGAAGAUGGCCGACACCUUUGCCACUCUUCCUCGUACCCGAGUUCUCUUUAUCUACUGAGCUCCUCGUCUUUCUGUCUUUAGUCUCUCUCUCUCUUUUCCUCUCCUUCGGUACGCUUACUCCCAGGCUUUAUUAAAUCAAAAACAGGACAAUAUGUCUUUUCUUUCUCUGCUUGACCAUGAAGUGGACAGUCGGGCUGUCUGUGCCGCUUCGGUGUACUUUAGUGAAAUGCUGAGAAUUCUGUAAAAACCUUCAGCUGUUAGUGGUGAAUUGUUCAAGUGAUUUCUUGCAAAUAUGAAGUUUGUGAUGUAUCCAUCAAUGUCUUAUUUACUAUUUGACCGUCUGUAGCAGCUGAAUUUGCUCUUUUCCUGUUUCGCCAUUAGGUGGCAGGCUUGUCUGUAGUCAUAUUUUCCAACGGUCUUAAACCGGGUGAACUCCAGAAAACAGUAGGUUUUCAGCCAGAGACAGUGGGGGGAAUCCGGGUUGUGGGUUUGUUUACACAACGUUAAAUAAUAAAAUGAUUACCAGUAUCAGGUUAACGAUGUUUUUAAAACUUAGUUUGCAACAGUCGUGCUCUGUUUGAAGUAGUAAAUCCAUGAUAUUAGGGAAAAAUCAUAGUUUGGUUUUUUUUCGACGGUCAGGGUCCAUUUUCUCAUGAAGCAUCUAUUUUUUUCCCCCCUUGCAUCUCAUAGUUUUCUAUGCACUUUCUCACUGUCAUGAGGAUUUUCUGUUAUGUAUUCAAGCACAGGCACAACAGCAGCAGUGUUGUUCCAGAUGAGCCACUAGCAGGGCUCCGAUGGGAUCACUGCCUUGCUCAAGGGCACAAGAAUAUGAAUGAGGUUGACUGUCACUGUAUUCUCACAUGCAAUCACAGAUCCCUGAUUGGUUUCCAUUAAGAGUUUAUUCUGAAGUGACGUGAAAGUCCUGGCUUGUGAAGAACAAAUUUGAUUAUAUAUAUAUAUAUAAAACAAAUUUAUCAAGAGUAAUUAUUUUGUAUGUUUACUGGCAUUCUAGAUUACGUUGAUUUACUUUUAUUGCAAAAGUUGUGUACGUAUCUGGCUUGAAAAAUAUUAGAAUAAAAGGUUAAAAAAA